AUGGCAAUGCCAAUUCCAUCGAUAAAACCACGAGUGAGCGAUGCUGGUCGUCGACUCCAAGAUUGGACCAAUAAGAAUGUUUUCAUUGGUUCGUUCGAAGAAACUGAAUUACCAUCGUACCAAAAUUCGAGUAGAAAACCAUCGUUGGAUCCAGUAGAACAAGAACCAGACAAUACCCCACCAGCUGAUCCUCAUACUCCAGAUGGAAAAAAGAUCACAGCUUUGCAGGCAGCGUGGAAUGUUACAAAUGCUAUUCAGGGAAUGUUCAUUGUUGGCUUGCCGUAUGCUGUCAAGGUAAGCAAUUGUUAUUUUUGCAGUAUAGUUUUAUAAUUUCAUACUGCAUCCUAUACUACUUUAUAUUACCCAUUAAAGUUAGUUGUUCCAUAUAUUAAGGUAGGUGGAUGGUGGACGAUAGUAGCUCUAGUAGGAGCAGCCUACGUGUGCUAUCGGACUGGCUUGUCGCUUAUCGACUGUUUGUACGACGACGACGGCAAAAAGGUGCGACACAGUUUUCGCGAAGUGGCCGAAGCUGUUCGUCCUGGGUUUGGAAAACUGGUGCUGGCAGCACAAUUGACUGAGUUACUGUCCACUUGUAUUAUAUACCUUGUUUUGGCUGGGGACUUGUUACAGGGAUGUGUACCAGCCAUUGACAAACCGGCGGGUAUGAUGCUGGUGGCUAGUGUGUUACUAGGUACGGCGUUAGUAGAUGAUAUGAAAUUGGUAAGUCUCUGGAUAGUUUUAAUAUAUUUUUUUAACAAACUUUUCUAUUAAAAAUAUUAUUUAAAAAAGAUUUUCAGGUCAGCCAAAUUUCAUUUUACAACGCAGUAUCUCAUCUCAUAAUCAAUGCUAUCAUGGUGCUGUACUGUUUAUCGCAAAUCAGUGAUUGGAGCUUAGGAUCAGUAGCAUUCUUGCCUAGUCUACGCCUAUUGCCUACAAUUAUGGGUGUAGUUGUGUUUGGCUACACCUCACAUAUAUUCUUGCCUGCACUAGAGGCUUCAAUGAAGGUUUGACAAUUUAAAAUUUUUUUUUUGCUUUAACAAAUUUUUAAAAUUUAGCCUAUCCCAUAAAUAAAACUUUAUCAAAGUUUGUAAUUUUCAGGAGCCAACCGAAUUCAAGACCAUGUUAAGCCAGUCCCACAUAGCCGCGGCCCUAUUUAAAGCCAUUUUCGGGCUUAUUGGGUACCUGACUUUUGCCCAAUUUACCGAACGGGAAAUUUCAAACUCAUUGCCUAACCAAAUGUUUAAGAUUAUUGUGAACAUGGUUUUAGUAGUAAAGGCUCUACUCUCCUAUCCUCUACCGUUCUAUGCGAUUGUACAAUUAAUGGGCGACAACUUUUUCCGCGGCGUUCAGGUUACACUGUUUUCAAGGUAAUUUGUGAACCGUCGUUUUUUACGCUGAAUCAGUUUUUAAAAACUGUUUGUAAGUCAUAUUAUAAAACGCAUUUUGUAUACCAAAAAGAAAACAUUUUCAGUUGCUACGGAACAGACAAAAACCUUCGCGAGUGGGCAAUGGGACUUCGAAUCUUUUUGGUACUAUUCACUUUAAUCAUGGCAUUAAGCGUGCCGUAUUUGAUCGAAGUUAUGGGGUUGGUUGGUAACAUUACUGGCACAAUGUUAUCAUUAAUAUGGCCUGCUGUGUUCCAUUUGAAGCUAAAGGGCCAUAAACUAACGCCGGAAGAAAUCAAGUUUAACAAAAUAGUCAUUUGCGGCGGGAUUAUCGUAUGUGUUAUUGGAGUAUAUUACUCUGCAAUUGAACUAGUCAAUGCUAUACGGUACGACACUAACUAA